AUGGCACCCAGUCAGUCAAGGAUACUCUCACUUGAACAGAUUCGCGAGACGACCCUUGCGAAGCUCGGUCGUUUUCCCUGUCGGUGGCAAGCGCACGCGACACAAGUCAUCCUCGAACGCAAGAAGGACCUCAUCACUAUUGCACCUACAGGUUCAGGGAAAACACUGACCUUUUGGAUGCCACUUCUCUUCCGUGCCGAUGGUAUUCAAAUCGUCGUGACACCGCUCAAUAUUCUCGGCACUCAGAAUGAGCAAGAAUUGGCAAAAUUCGGGGUGCGUGCGAUUGCUGUCAGGGCAGAGACAGCAACACCGAAGGUUUUUCGUGAGAUCCGCGAGGGCAAGUACCGCGCAAUCGUCGUCAACCCGGAGGAGUUGAUGAAGGUAGGCGGGGGAUUCGAGGACCUGUGGAACGACGAAGGGUUCACCUCGCGAAUCAUGAGCAUCGUCUUCGAUGAGGCACACUGCAUAAGUACCUGGAAGUCAUUUCGACAAGACUACAAGAACAUCGACCGACUGCGUUACCUUUUGCCGCAUGUCCCGUUUGUCCUUGCCACAGCAACUCUGCCAGGCGAGAUGCAGCACGAGAUCAUGAAGACGCUGCAGAUUCGCGCCGACCGCUGUACCGUGAUACGGCGCUCGAACCACACCAAGCAGCUCUUUCUCACGCAUAGUCAUCCUAUGGCCGACGCGCAGUCUCGUGGAACACCAUCGCGCACACUCUCAAUUCCAGCACUCGACCACUGGAGCCACACCCGCCUCCUCCGCCAGCAACGAGCCCGCCGGCAUGUCGAAGGCUGCGACGAAGCCGUCGUCGAGCACAGCAAAGAAGGGCAGUCAACCCACCACGACAUCGACCGCGGGCAGGCCGUCCAGCUCGUCGAAGAGCGCGAAGACACAGGACUCGUCACAGGCGGCGAAGAAUCCACCCAGUCCAUCGAGGAAGACUCGUGGUGCAGGAGCGUCGACUUCGAUGUCGAGGAGGAAGCACCGACGGCGCGACUCUGA